AUGCCCGCGGGAUCUGCACGGUGUCACCCUGCUUUGCUAUUGCUCCUCUCCUCCGCGCCCCUGUGGGCAGCUGAGAUUUCCUGCAGGAAUGAAGAUGGGGAGACAGUUGAUUGGUUUGCUCUUUACAAGUUGCCCAAGCACACCAAAGGAGAGCUCCCCAUGCUGGGGCUGGAAUACCUGUACAUGGACACCCUGGCUCCGCAGUGGCAGCUGGGAAAAUACCUCGUCAACAUGACACAGGGUGCUCUAGGACAAACACUGGAACAGCUAUACGAGAUGUACGAAUCUGAGAAGAACAGCAUUGCAUACGCAAUAUACAACGAUGAGGUCCCUGAAUCAGAGUCUGACGGGUGGAAAAGAGGACACACCAAAGGAUUUCUGCUCUUGGACAAAUCACAAGGCUUCUGGGUGAUUCACAGCGUGCCCCUGUUCCCUCCCAUCCCCGAGGAUGGUUAUGGGUAUCCAGCUACUGGGGAGUCCUACGGACAGACAGCCAUCUGUAUAACCUUCAAAUAUGACCAGUUCUCAGAAAUAGACCAACAGAUGCUGAGUUAUAAUCCAGGAAUCUACAGCUGUUCCAUCCCUAACAUCUUCCAAGCUGAUCUCCCGAAUCUGCAGAAGCUCUGUGCAGGGUCCAGGCUGCCCCCAGCACCCUUGCGCCACCUCUCCAAACUCCAGUCAGCUCACGGGGAAACCUUUCUCCAAUUUGCAAAGUCACACUUGUUCGUAGAUGAUAUCUACAUGGCCUGGAUGGCUCAGGAACUGAAAACCGAUUUGUUGGCUGAAUCCUGGCAGCAUUCUGGCCAAAAGCUUCCCUCAAAUUGCUCUCUUGACUACCAUGUCUACAACAUAAACCUAAUAGGGACACCAUUAAAUUCCACCUUUUAUUCCAUUAACGACCACUCCAAAUGGGCUGCUUCAAGGGAAUACAAAGAUCAGUGGACCUGCAUUGGAGACUUAAACCGAGCUGCUGAGCAAGCCUGGAGAAGUGGUGGGUUCAUCUGUACACGGAACGAACACAUCUACAAAGCCUUCAGGCCUUUGAUAAGGCACUAUGAAAACUGCACGGAUGCUUCCACGCUCAUAUAA